AUGCCUUCAACGCUAGACAACAGCAUGAUUCUUGCGUGGUUCCUCGAGUGGUGUCCUUUUCUAAGCAGUCUGGCGCCAAAGGCUCUUCAUCAUGACGGUUGCUGGCCAUGUAGCAAUAGCCGCAACGGCAAUCUCAGGCAUCAGACCCUGCUCGGUACCCCAAUGAGCCGACAAAGGCAUCCAAGGGAGCGUGCCGAGGAAGUUAGCCUUCCAGUUCAUCUUCCACUCCUCCUCAGUGGUGAUGUCGCCGCUUGGCGUUCUGCGCGCACGCUCAAUCAACAAACGAACAAGCUCGAGGGCAACCCAAACGCUCCAGGAGCGAGCAGCCAACAGACCGAGCUUCGCGCUCGUCUUUUCGGACAAGUUGGUUGCACCCUUGCAGGUCAACCAGCAGGCACCCUCACCAAAGUUGUAGACGAAGUUGCAGAGAAUCUGCACAGUCAUGAAAGCAAUGUUGACUCGGUUGGGCGCAGGGACCUUUUCACCCUUCUCGUCAAUCAUUUCACCGCGGAGGCGCAAUAUGAGAUCUCGGGCUUCGAAAAACGGUUCAUGGUGCGCCAUUCGCCCAUCAUGUUGGUAAAGCCUUGGAUGUUCUUUGAGAGGCCGAGAGCCAGUGUCGCAAGAGGCGGCGCAGUCACAGUAGAAAGGACUACAGAACUCGAGGGUGGUGUUUUGAAGGCCAUUUCGACAACCUUUCGAGCCGAGUGA